CGAUAGCGAUAACAAAAAGUGACACAAAAGCAAAGGGAAAAUUUCUGCCAUCGGUUCGGUGUUCAAAUUCCAAAAAGCCAGCUAUCCGGUGUUAGCCGUGCAAGGCCCCCGCGUUGGUCACUAUAUUGUAAUAUAAUAUAACCAUAUUACACAUCCGAUUGAGCGGAAAUCGCGGCGAUUGCACUCAAGGUGGCCCGUAGCUAAUAAGUGUUCACGAAUGAGAGCAAAGCAGAUGGCGGAGAGCGUCCCGCGCUUCAGUGUGUGUGUGCGUGAACGAGUAGAAAGCGGCGGUAAAAACCUUCGCGUGUAACCAACAAAAAAAAAACACAAUCUCAAUAUCAGAAAGAUAAUAUAUUACCUAUUGAAAAGUAGGUUCUAAAACUACGCAGGGAAAUUGGAAAAUCCAUUGGAAAGCAAGAGCAACAGUCGCCGAGGAGCGGAAUCUGCGGACGAAAACAAAAACGCUUUAAAAACGCAGUCGCCGAUACAGAAAGUGCCAGCGUGUGCGUGUGCAUAUGUGUACGUAGUUGUGGGCAAAGAGAACGGUGAAGAAGACAGAAAAAAAAACUAACUGUGGCAGUGGAAAAUGCGCGGCUGAUAAAGAUUGUGAUAAUCACACAGAAUAUAAUAAAGUGGAAAAGAAACCGCAAAACAAAAUUGGUUGAAUAAUAUUUAAGCCAACGCCAGUGCUGCAAAAAUCGGGCCGCAUUAUCAUCAUCGGAACAUUCAGUGUUGCACAUCGCUGCCGCCCCACGCAUAAUCCAACACUUCCCCCCCACCCACACACACACUUGGAUUUGGAUUCCUACGUCUGCAUUUUAAUAUUGCGCUUAUUUUCACUGGCGAGCUUAACAAUGCGACACGAUCAUCAAUUGGACAUUUUUAAUUUUUUUUGUUAAUUGUUAAAUAUUGUUUUGACUACGUAAAGUGUACGUAGAGGAAUAAAAAAGUCUUGGGAUCUCGGAGACAGGAAAACAAGUAUAAUUCAGCCAUGAGUCGCUUGCAGAAGCCACAUUACGAGAUCUUGAGCAGCGGCACAAGCAAGUCGCGUCGCAAGAAUCAGAACAAUCCCCGUGAAUUGGGGUCACCAACCUUGGAGGAGCAGGAUCAGGUGGUGCGUAAUCAUAUAAACGGUCACGUCAUGGCCAAUGGCAAUGGAAAAAAGCGAAAGAAUAGUAAAUCCGAAACGUUGACUAACGGCAAAAAGUCCAAACUGAAUCAGGAGGGUUCUGGUUCGGGAUCUGGCAAAACCCUGGUCUAUAACAAUAAUAAUAACAACAACAACAGCAUCAGUGCCACCAAUGGUCAGUACAACAAGAGCAGCAGUAAGACCACACCGACAUCUGGAAGGGAUUACAAUUACCGGGAGACCAUAUCGCCGCCAACACCUCCAUCUCCGCCAUCCGCAAAUGUAGCGGAGAUUGUUUGCAUCUCGGAUGCGGAGAGCGACGAUGAUCGCGAUCAGGAGCGAGACUACUACGACCACGAUACGGAGGAGGAGGAGCCAAGCGGGAUAGGUAUCGGCGAUUCUCCCAUCAAAUCCAAGACCAAGUCCAACAACGCAGCUGCAGCGGCGGCGGCUGCAGCAGCGGCAGCAGCAGCAUCGGUGGCCACGUCGUCGGCCACGCCCUCCUACGCCAUGCCCACCAGCAAUAGUACGCCCCUGGACCUGGACAAUGAGGCGCAUCAGCGAGACCUGGAGACGGUCACCGAUCUGAGAUCCUAUGUCAAACUGUACAGUGAUGAGGCCGUCAGUCUGAAUGAUUUCAAAAUUAUACGUGUUCUUGGAACAGGUGCUUAUGGACGUGUUUUCCUCGUUCGCAAGCUGACAAGACACGAUGCCGGAAAAUUGUAUGCAAUGAAGGUUCUCAAUAAGAUAACGGUAGUCCAAAAGCGUAAAACCGCCGAGCACACUAAAACAGAGCGCGUGGUACUGGAGGCCGUUCAGCGUAGUCCCUUCCUUGUGAGCCUCCACUACGCGUUUCAAUCAUCCUCAAAGCUUUAUCUGGUGCUAGACUUUGCCAAUGGCGGAGAGCUCUUUACGCAUCUCUACCAUGCGGAGCACUUUGAGGAGUCCCGUGUGCGGGUGUACAUAGCCGAGGUGGUGCUGGCUCUUGAGCAACUGCAUCAGCUGGGUAUCAUUUAUCGUGAUAUCAAGUUGGAGAACAUUCUGCUCGAUGGCGAGGGACACAUUGUACUCUCUGACUUUGGACUGUCGAAGAUUCUCACUGCUGAGAAUGAGUAUCGGGCGCACAGCUUUUGCGGUACCCUGGAGUACAUGGCGCCGGAGAUCAUCCGGACGGGGCCGCCGGGACACGACAGUGCCGUGGACUGGUGGUCGGUGGGAGUCCUCACCUUUGAACUGCUCACCGGCGCAUCGCCAUUCGCCACGUCCGACGGACAGAGCCAGCAGUCGGAGAUCUCGCGAAGGAUCCAGAAGGAGCAGCCACUGAUUCCCUCAUCGUUCAGCGCCAACGCCCGAGACUUUGUGUUGAAGAUGCUGGAGAAGAACCCGAAGCGACGGCUGGGGGGUAAUCAUCGCGAUGCCAGCGAAAUCAAGGAGCACCCCUUCUUUCACGGCAUCAACUGGCAGGAGUUGCGCAACAAGCGCCGCAAGGCCCCCUACAAGCCCACCCUCACCGCCGAGGACGAUGUGCAGAACUUCAGCGCCGAGUUCACCGACCAGGUGCCCGAGGAUCCCGAGUGCGAUUCCCCGCCCAGCCGGAUCCGACUCUUCCGCGGCUACACGUAUGUGGCGCCGGAGCAUUUGGAGCAGAUGCGACGGGAUAAUCAUUGUCAGAUCCAGUACUGUAAUUCAGGUCUUCAGAAUAUACCCUCACGACCGGAUGACCUCGACUUGGGCACCCUAAAGGAGAGUGGGGCUUAUGGUGUUUGCCACUUUGUGGUGGACAGCUCUUCGGAGAUGGUGUUUAUGGCCAAGGUGAUACCGCUGUCCAAGUUUCGCCUCUCCGAGGUGGACGCCCUGAUCUCGUGCGCCCUGGAUACGAACAGCCACAAGAACAUCGUCAGCUACCAUGGAACUUUCAGGGACAAAUGCGAGACGUGGAUCAUCACGGAGGUCCUGUGCGGCAAAGAGCUGACCGAAUGCAUCGGCAUGGAUGAGGAGUCGUGUCGAGAGAUCUUCCUGCAGCUGGUUAUGGCCGUUCGGCACAUACACUCCAAGCACUUUAUACACGGUGACCUGAAGCCCGAGAACGUAAUGUUCGUGAGCCGGGAGGAUAAGGCCAUCAAACUGGUGGACUUUGGCAAUGCCUGUUACAAUAGUAAUUUCCAGAGCUGGAAAGACAAGCCGCGCUACACGCUGGACUAUGCUCCGCCGGAAAUGCUUGCGGACGCGAAUCUCGUCACUUAUUCGCCAGCAGUGGAUAUCUACGGUCUUGGGGCAACGCUGUAUACUUUGCUGGUGGGUCAUCAGCCGUACAGGCAAAACGUGGACGAUGUGGCCCACUCCGCCGCUGCUCAUCACGAGCUGCGCAAGCGGAUGCGGCGGGAGACUUUUAACCAGCGCUCAAAGCGCUGGCUGAAUGCAGGUCCUGCGUUCCGGCAUCUGGUCAGCUGGUGUUUGCAGCGAGAUCCGGUCGAUAGGCCCACAUUGGUAGAAAUUCUCAACAGCGAGUGGCUGCAGUAUGGAACCAACGAUCCGGACGUAGACAUAAUUUUGCCACCAGAGCAGCAGGUGGUUGUGGACCUCAGCGAGGACACUAUGGAACAUCCGACGUCAGGUAUGUCAGACGAGCAGAAACAUCUGGAAUCCAGAUUCGACAAGACGGCGGAGGACGAGGGCGUAAUAGUUGUCAGCGAGUUCCUGGAUGCUCCUGUGCCGUUCAGCGAACCUAGGACGAACGCAGCCAUUUCAACUGCGGCAGUUGCUCCUUCCGACGACGAAGACCUGGUGGUGCAUGAACGAUUUGAACCGGCCUUCGAGGUCCAGACGGACUUCUACGGCUUCGACGAAGAUGCGCCGCCGCUGCAACUUCCCGCGGAGUACUAUGUCGAACUACCUCUGCCGCAGGAUGAUCAUAUGCACAUGCCACCACCUCCAGCUCCGGCACCAUUUCCAAUUGAAUUGGAAGCGACCAACCGACGGCCCAGAACCCGACAGCAGCGUCGCACUGAGAGCCAGCUGUUACAACCUACUCCGGCAGAGGACAGCAAGGCCUCCCUGCGCCUGUUGAUGCAACAGCUCCCGCCACCAGCAGACAUUAUCGUGGCACGCAUCCCCAAGAGAACUCAGCGAGUCGUUCGCACAUUGCCUCCGUCGUUCGGAACCACAAGGCGAGAGGAAAAUUUCCAUGGAUUCAGCAAGACGGCAAACACGUGGCGUAAGACGCGGGCCAGCUGGCGGCACUUCUGUCUGCUCAUCAACGGUGUGCAGCAGGUGCUCAAGAUACGGUUCAAGAAAACGCGGCGCGUCUACUGCUUGCCCAACAUCAAGUUGGAAAAAAUGGACCAUGCGUACGAGAAGCCGCUAACGUUUCCACGGCCCAAGGCGCAACUGAAGCGCGCCAAGAGAGAGCCUAAGGUGCCGCGGCCACCGACGCGGGUACAGCCGGAGAGGGCGCGGGCGCUGCGGCAACAAUAUCUGUUCCAAUGACAUGAGGAUGACGACGACGUCCUGGAGGUGAUUGAAAUCAAACACGAGCCACUGGACGAUGGGGAGGAGCAACUGCCAGCGGUGCUGCAGUGGGAGGGCGGCUUCAGGCGGACACGGAUGUACAGCUGACGACAGACAUUGACCGAUUGGCCCCCCCAGGACGACGACGACGACCAGAACCCGGCCAAAACAGUGGGCGGAGACCCCUUGGGGCUCCAUACCCAGUAACACACCCACUAACCACCCUCACUAACAAUCGAGAGUACGAGUGGAAGGAUCCGCAAGACGCACCAAAGAUCCUGUCAAUAAUUAUUUUCAAGUUUGUUAUGCAUUAGCCUAAGUUCAGAACUCAUUUUGCUUAUUUCUUUUUCAACCACUGAAAAUCAACUUAAAAUUAUAAAAGGAGGGUAUACCGCAACGUCCUUAUAAGUGUAUUCUAUAUGCAAUUUGUUGUGCUAGUUAAUUAUUUGAAUAGCCUAAAUGUAAAAAGUCAGACACAAAAACGGAAUACAAAACUAUACCAAUGCAACUUUUUGCAUUGAUCUUAGAGCGGUUAAGACACAAUAACAAAAAUAUCGACAACAGAACACAAUCACUAAAAUCAUUAAUACGAUUUGCAAUUAGUUUAGUGCAAAACUAUGUUUAAGCCAAAUAGUGAGAAAGAUAUAAAGAUAGCCCCAAUACACAAAAAUUUGAUUUAAGUUGUGCUUUAUGUUAAGUUGUAUUUUUUAUUCCUAACGCAGCGUGGAGAAUGCUAUCCAUUUAACUCAAAAUCCUGAUCCUGCCUAGCAUGUAUUGCCCACCGCAGUCGGCAUUAGCUAACCCACUUAAUUCCGAUUGCGCUGGGCAAUGUUUCCUAAUUGCAUUAAAAUCAUUUUAGUUGAAACUAAACGGAAAAAGAAGCUACGCCCGAAGAGCCAUUUCCACAUGAAACUGCGAAGUUCUUCUUCGAGGCCAAGCCGAAAACAAUGCGUUUUUUGCGAACGAAUCUGAUCAAGAAACGUUAAUAGUCGUAGAGUUGUUAAUGGCAAACCAACUCUUAAUUGUUUUGUUAAGUAUUUUUUGAUUGUUUAUUUUAAUUAAUUUAAUUUGCCGCAAAACUUGUAACUAAGUAAGUUAAAGCAAUGGAAAUCGAUGAAAUCUAAAUAAAAUUUAAAGAAUUACAUUAAUGUAAA